AUGCCCUCCCAACAACCCCGGCCCGCUGAGAUUUACACGACGGCCCAGCCGGAUGGGACCUACGUGACGACAACUACCAAAGAGACCACCAGAUACCGUGAGGACGAGGUGUACAGCUGCGGGCUGGGCAGGACCGAUUCGUCGCGAUGCCUCCACCCGAUGGGAAUUUUAAGGAUGUGCGAGAUUUUCCUGGUGCUCGUGACGAUCUCGUUGAUCACCUCCGUCUACGGGCCGGGGCCAUUUAAAGGAAUCCUAUUCGGCCAGACAAUGUUGCUGAUCUUUGCCGGCCUAUGCCUCUGCGUCUCCUUCAUUUUCCUGAUCGUCUACUUUUUCGCGCUCGACGAGAGCCACCUCGACUUCUGGCCGUGGAGCCUCACGGACCUGGCCUUCUCGGCGACGGCCUCGAUCUUCUUCUUCAUUAUGACCGUCAUCGAGGGGUACUACGCCACCGGUUCAUGGGCCAAUAAUUGCAACGAUAUUGGAUCUGAUGGCUUUUUGCACAAUGGAUGUCGUUUUGUCUACGAGUGGGCUUUUGCCGCGUUGAUGUGCUUCCUGCUCGGCUGCCUGUACGGCGUCUCGGCCCUGUUCGCCCAUCGAUCGCGUUUCAACGAAAACGAUCGGCGCUACACUUAUGAA